CCCCGCCACCAUGGCACCCUGCCAGCCAGCCUGCUUGCCCCAUUCCCAUAAACUACAGCGCCAAUUGAAUCCAUCAUGAACCGAUCCUUCGGCCGGCUCAAUCAGUCUCAGGUCCGUUCUUACGUGCGGGCCUUGACCGAGACAUCCAGGUCAUGCACCUCUCUGGUCGCAAUUCAGAUUAAACAACGACACAAUUCCGGGUCAAGAAAGUACUCCUCUUCAUCCAACAGAGAGAAUGCAUCGAAGCCGACACCAACAUCUUCACCUGGUUCUAAGCCGGCGGCCAAAACCCCCCUUCAACUCCUCGCAGCACGCAUCGCAGCCCACGCCGAUGCCCUCGCAGCUGCUGCCUCAGAACGAUCCCACCCGGCCCGCUCACUGAGCGCCAAACCCGCAACCCCGGCCAGUCUCCUCCCAGCCAACGCGCCCAUCUCCGCGCGCUCCGAGCAGUUGGCUCUGCGCGACGCGCUCGCAGAAGCCACGCUUCUGGCGACAGACGCCUCCGAGUUUGUGCCCGAGCUCGCAGUGCGCAACAACCAGUUCGCCAGCGUGCGAUGGCUCUGCCAUUUCGACAUUCCCUCCCUCCUCCCCCUCGAGGACUCGGAACAUGAAGCAGCCGCCAAUGAUGAACCCUCUAUUUUCCCCUCCCUCCCCUACUCAAAAGUCUCCUCCCUCGCCCGCGUCCCGGAGCACCAGCUGCGCAGCAUCGCGCGCAUGGCCAUGCUCGCCGGGUUCCUGUCCGAGCCCGCCCCCAACAGACUCUCCCACUCGCCGUUGUCAGCUGCGAUGGUCCGCCAGCCGGAACUGCUGGAAUGGGCGCGCUUCACGACGGGUACGUCCGCGCCCAUGGUGGGUGCCAUGGUGGAAGCUACCGAGCGGUGGGGGGACGACAGGAGCAUCCACCGCACGGCCUACAAUGCCGCGUGGAAGACGGAUCUGCCGCUGUUUGCGCAUGUGGCUGCGAACCCGGAACUUCAGGAACGGUAUGCAAGGUAUAUGCGGGUUAUGACGCGGAGUCGGGGUAUGGCGUUGGGGCAUCUGCUGCAGGGGUGGAGGGAGGGGUGGGAAUCGCUGGCGCGUCGGGGAGGGGUGUUGGUGGAUGUCGGUGGGAGCGCAGGGCAUGCUAGUGCUGCCCUGGCGAGGGAGUUUCCGGGUAUCAGGGCGGUGGUGCAGGACCGGGAGGAGGUGGUUGCGCGGGCAAAGAGGGAUGAUGCGCCUAGGUUGGAAGGGGAGGGGUUGAAGGUCGUGUUUCAGGCGCAUGAUUUCUUUGAGGCGCAGCCGGAGAGACCAAGGGGAUUCGAGGAUGAGGGGAAGGGGGAUGUGUACUUUCUCCGCCAGAUCUUGCAUGACUGGGGUGAUGACAAGUGUAUCACCAUCCUGAGGCACUUGGCCGCGGCGCUGGAGCGGGCCGGGCCUGACGCGAGGUUGGUUGUCAUGGACACGGUCUUGCCGUCUCCUGGAGAAGGGUCGCGAACUGUGGAGGCUCUGCUCCGGGUGCGUGAUCUUACUAUGCAGCAGGCUCAUAACGCUCAUGAGCGGUCUAGGGAGGAGUGGGAGGAGCUGCUGGCGAAGGCGCACAGGGGGUUGGUGAUUAAGAAGAUCGUGCAGCCCUUUGACAGCCUCAUGGCUGUGAUCGAGAUUACACUUGAGGCAAGGUAGUAUGGCGAUUGUUUGUUUCCAGGUUUCAGCAAGUUCAAUGUUCCAUGUUUUGUCGAGUCAGGGGGCAUGAGGUGCCGAGGGUGCUUGGUCUUCCCCGCAAUCGCCGUCUGUGACGGGAACGUACGUACAUACAUCGCAGAACCACUGUGAUAUGCAAUUCCUUCUCUGUGAAAAGGAUGUC